UAUAAACCUUAUCUCCUGUCAAGGCACCGUUUACAUGCAUACAUGAGGAAGGAACGACUCGAUGUUAUUACUAUACAGUAUACAGGGGGUGUGUGUCGAGGCUACUGACCUAGGUAUCGAAUAUCGAUCACUCUCAAACAAACGGUAACUCAAUUAGCCUCUCUUGGGUAUUAAUAUCAGCAGCUCUAGAUUAUGCCUCAAGUUUUUAAAGUCCUGGUCGGACUUAAAACCGAACAGGGGGACCCGAUACAUUUUAAAGUUGAUGGAGGACGAUUUAACCAGGCGAGGACACUUAAGCUCAAUGUUAACGCAAAUUAUAUCAUGGAAAUAUCUGUUAAGCCACACAAAGAGAUUUUGUCAUUGAAUGUGUUUGGGGGAAAUGUCACCAUAGAGGAGAUCACAGCGAAAAACCAAACGGCAUAUGUUACGACAUGGAACACAGCAGGGUUUGACAUGGCAAAGAAAGGCAACAGGCAACAAAUUCCAAUAAUAGCAGAGAUCAAAGAUAUAGGAACGUUUAAGGUAAAUCUACAAUGCAAAUUCUAUGGGGAAACGGAAAAGCAGCAUGUAAACUGGGGAGAUGCAUGUCACUUUAUAGACUAUGAUUGCAAACUACCCGAUGGUUCUUCCUUUGUUGAUGUUGUCAAGGAAACGUUUCGAUAACAUUCCAGUAUGAUGUCAUGAAUAGUUACCUAGGACGCUCAGCAAAUAAAGCGAAUUGAACGCAGUGGCCAAAACAAUAUAUCGUUUAAUUUCAUAUAGUGCCAUCUAGGCCAUUCCUAGAAAAAAUGAAAUACAAUUAUGAAUUUUCUCUAGGACUUUCAACACCAUGGGUUUCAGAAUUGUGCAAUAAAUGUGUGCAAUAACUAAUAUCAAUUCCAGUAAAAAGCAAUAUCAAAUCUUCAUUGAUUAAAAUAUAGAUUUUUAGUACUUAGAAUGCAAUUGCAUUGUACUGUAUUGUAUU